AUGCUCGCUCGCCAGGCCGGCGCGCCGGCGUGGGCCGACCAGGCCACCGCCACCGUGCACCCGGGCGUCAACACCGAGACGGCCGGCAGCUGCACGUCCAACUUCAUCUUCUACCAGGGCUCGGACGUGUACAUCGGCCAGGCGGCGCACUGCUCCGGCACGGGCGAGAGCACGGGCACCAACGGCUGCACCAGCGGCACGCUGCCCGAGGGCACGCCCGUCACCAUCACGGGCGCCGAGUUCCCCGGCAGCAUGGUGUACAACUCGUGGGCGCGCAUGCAGGCGCGCGGCGAGACCGACGAGAACGCCUGUGCCUUCAACGACUUUGCCCUCGUGCGCAUCGACCCGCGCGACGUGGCCAAGGUCAACCCCACGGUGCCGUACUUCGGCGGCCCGUCGGGCGAGCGGCAGGGCGAGUUGGCCAACCUGGAGCAGGUCGUGUCGUACGGCAACUCGAUCCUCCGCGGCGGCAUCACCUUCCUCUCGCCCAAGUUCGGCACGCAGAUCUCCUCCGACGGCGACGGCUGGUCGCACGGCGUCUACACCGUCACGCCCGGCAUCCCCGGCGACUCGGGCAGCGGCUUCAUGGACGGCCAGGGCGCCGCGUUCGGCACGCUCUCGACGCUGCAGUUCGCCCCCGUCGCCGGCUCCAACGGCGUCGGCGACCUGCAGCGCGAGCUGGCCUACGCCCGCACCUUCGACGACUUCGCCGGCGUCACCCUCGCCGCCGGCACCGAGGCGUUCCGCGGCGCCCUCAACCUCGCCGGCACCUCGGACCUGCUGCGCGCGCCCUCGCCGGCCGUCGCCGCCAGCCAGAAGUCGGUCAGCCUACGCGAGCUCUAA